CUGUUCAUUGGUGGUUUAAGAAUCUUGAAAGUCCCAUUGACGAAGAGGAUAAUACAAGCCUUCUUUCUUUCUUUAAUAUUUACAAAAGUAUUUGGAAAGAAUGCAACACCAAAUAAUAUCCUUGUAAUUAAAGCAUGUGUUCAAAAUAUGUUGGAUCCUCAACAUCCCAAAAUCGAAAUGGACGAAGAUUAUAUCCUUUCUAAGUUGAAUCAAUAUAUGGAUACAGAAUCAAGUGGCGAAAGUACUAGCUUAACAUCAGAAGUAUAG